AGAAGAGGACGAGCACUGCCUGUGCUGGGACAAGGACGGCCAGAAGCUUGCUUACGGCGCAAACAGUCGUCUCGCCAUCAUCAGCUUCAGUGGUAAUAAUAGUGGAUAGAAACCACUCCCGCUGAGGAUACGAAAACACAGGCGCAUUACGGCGAACGCAUAUAAUAUAUUUACUGACGUUGGGUGGAUCGGGCGACUCUAGAAGAAGCCAUGAACACGACGCGGCAGACUCUAGAAAACAAAAUGGUAUCGGGCGGACGGCGCGACAUGACAGCGGGGCUGCGACAUGACCGAGUUCAUCUCGACGGCGGAUCCUACUCUCUCUUUUUUUUGCUCUCUCUCUCUCUCUCUCUCUCUCUCUAUUCUUCUUUUUUUGGAACAAAAGAUGGUCAAAUGGAUGUGGGGGGAGGCGAGGUGCCGCGGAAUCAAAUCGCUGGGGCUCAAACAGCCCUGCGCUUCAAUCCCUUUUGUUUACCAGCAUUCCCCGAUGGGCUUUCUUUUUGGUCACGAACCACGAUAUAUCUGGACAGCGAGAGGGGAGCUGGACUGGACUAUGCUAAUCAUCUUGACUACGCGGAUACACUCGAAUGAAGGACAGGGAUAAAACGGACGUACGGAGUACGAGUGGUGUUAUUUUAUUUUAUCUCUUUCAUGUUUGCUUUAUUUGCUUUAUUUUGCUUUGCUGUCUCUUUCGGGUCCAAGGCAAGGGGGGAGGUGAGGACGGAGAAAGGGGAAGUCAAGGCAUUUCUACUUUGUGUCUACACUUUGUUUGAACAGGUCGGGGAAUAGUGCGACUGCUUCUUGUACAAUAAAAUCUGCAGAGUACUAUC